UUAUUAAUAUCUGAACCUCUCGACUUUUCCCACCCUCUUGCCCCCAGCUUCUUCUGCUGCUAUACACUGUUCCUCUUCCUCCAAAAACCCUUUUCUUAGUUUUUAGGGUUUGGGCUUAGGGUUUUUGUUUUCUCUUUUUUUCUCCACUUCUUGUUACUCUGUGAUUUGAGGUACUGUUUUUGGAUUUUUUUUUUCUGAAAUAUUUUAUUGGGUUCGAGUUGGUGGAGUUCGUUUGGAUCUCGAUCUGAGUGCCAGACUUAUGGAUAUUCGGAAGCGAGCGAGGUCUGAAGCUGGGUUCAACACUAAUGGCGGAGUCAAAAAGUCCAAGCAAGAAAUGGAGUCCUUAUCAACUGGUGUAGGAAGCAAAUCGAAGCCAUGCACCAAGUUUUUCAGCACUGCUGGAUGCCCAUUUGGCGAGGGCUGCCACUUUCUGCACUAUGUUCCUGGUGGUUAUAACGCUGUUGCCCAGAUGAUGAAUUUAGCACCUGCUGUUCCUCCAGCUCCAAGAAACAUGGCGCCCCCACCCCCUCUUGCGAAUGGCUCUUCAUCUGCAGCAGUUAAAACGCGUAUGUGCAACAAGUAUAAUUCUGCUGAAGGCUGCAAAUUUGGAGACAAAUGCCAUUUUGCUCAUGGUGAGUGGGAACUUGGCAAGCCAAUUGCUCCCUCCCAUGACGAUCCCCGCGCCAUGCCUUCCAUACCAAAUCGUUUCGCUGGUAGGAUGGAACCACCUCCACCAGGGCCUGCUUCAAGUUUCGGUGCCAAAGCCACUGCAAAAAUCAGUGUAGAUGCUUCCCUUGCUGGGGCCAUAAUAGGGAGGGCCGGUGUGAAUGCUAAGCAGAUAAGCCGUCAAACAGGAGCCAGGCUUUUCAUCCGGGACAUCGAGUCAGAUCCAAGUCUCAAGAACAUUGAACUUGAGGGAACUUUUGAACAGAUUGAGGAAGCAGGUGCGAUGGUAAGAGAAUUAAUUGUCACCGUGUCAAUGAAUGCCUCAAGUAAAACCACCGGAAUGCCGGGGCCCCCUGCUCCUCCAGGGAACAACUUUAAGACAAAGCUGUGUGAUAAUUUUAGCAAGGGUUCGUGCACAUUUGGAGAUAGAUGUCACUUUGCACAUGGGACAGCGGAGCUGCGCAAGUCUACACUUUGACGGGCUCGGUGCUAGUUUUUUAACAUUGGCUAGUUUCACGGCAUAUAUUGUUGCACGGCUAUGUAUUUGUGGAGGUGCUGUUUUGAAAUGUCUGUGCAAUGGAACUACUGACAAAAAACAAUACGAUAUCAGAGUUAUUUUUGUUUUUCUUUGGCGAUCUGGUUUCUUUCAGAACAUGGAUAGCUUUAUUUA